AUGUCGUACGACCGCUACGUUGCCAUCUGCAAACCCCUGCACUACGGGACCCUCCUGGGCAGCAGAGCUUGUGUCCACAUGGCAGCAGCUGCCUGGGCCACUGGGUUUCUCACUGCUCUGCUGCACACGGCCAAUACAUUUUCACUGCCCCUGUGCAAGGGCAAUGCCCUGGGCCAGUUCUUCUGUGAAAUCCCCCAGAUCCUCAAGCUCUCCUGCUCACACUCCUACUUCAGGGAAGCUGGGCUUCUUGUGGUUAGUAUAUUAGUAGUAUUUGGGUGUUUUGUGUUCAUUGUGGUGUCCUAUGUGCAGAUCUUCAGGGCCGUGCUGAGGAUCCCCUCUGAGCAGGGACGGCACAAAGCCUUUUCCACCUGCCUCCCUCACCUGGCUGUGGUCUCCCUGUUUGUCAGCACUGGUGUGUUUGCUGACCUGAAGCCCCCCUCUAUGUCCUCCCCAUCCCGGGACCUGGUGGUGUCUGUUCUGUAUUCGGUGGUGCCUCCAAGCAGGUUGUUCAACAAGUGUGAGUAUCCGUGUACAGAGUCUGCACAUCAGUCAGGCAUCAAAGCCACCAUUACAGAAAUGGAGACCGAGGCUCUUGACCAGCUCCUUGAAGCCAGGAAUCAGCGUGACAUGUCUGCUGAGAUGCUAUUGAACACCUAA